AUGUCCGGUUUGAAGUUUCUUUAUGUGGCAGAGCUAGUGUUUGACACUUAUAAAGAAGGAGAUAUAAUUAAGGAUGUGGCAGCAAAUGCCAGACAUGCUAAAAUGGUCGAGACGAUAGAAGCUAAUCCAGAAUUCACUUCACUCGAAGUGAUAGAAGCAAGUAUCGGAGAGCAGAAUCGUGGCCAUGUUAUAUGUUUUGGAGGGGGCUUGAAGCCUAGGGAUCUGAAGGUGCCAACUUCCACAAGCAAUGCAAGGGAGGCAAUUUUGGAAGAUGAGCUGAGACGUUCAGAUGAACAAAAUGAUGCUCUUGAACAAACUGUUACUGAUCUAAUGGAUACAGUUUCCUCCCAAGCUGGAGAAUUAACAGAUAUGAAAGCCGAAAUGCAAAGGUUGAAACAAAUGGUUGAAAAUAGUAAAAAUAGACAAAAUUAG